ACUGUCUUUACAUUUCCCUCUUUUUAACUGUCCUCUCACUCCCUUUUCUCUUUCCUUUUUCUUCUUACUUUCCCUUUUUUCUUAUUCUCCCUCCCUCUUUCUCUGCAUCUCUCUACUACUCUUCAUCUUCAUAUUUCUCUUACUCUCUCUUUUUCUCUUCUAUUCUCUCUACAUCUCUCUCUCUCUAGCUAUCUCUCUUCUGCUCUCUCUCUCUCUCUCUCUCUCUCUCUCUCUCUCUCUCUCUCCGCGGUAGGAGCGCGCGCAGCGCGGACAGACGGGAGUACGGAGCUGAGGAGGGAGGAGCGCGUGCGGACGGAUCGCGGAUUCUGAGAAAGCGGUUCCGUAGCGCGUGAGUUCGGUUACGGUCUGGUUCCGGUGUUGUACCGAUACCGUGUCGUGUCGCGGUGCUGUGUGAGCGGAGCCUGAGCUGGAAUAGAACCGGUACAUCACCCUCAGAACCGGGUCCGGUCCAGCCCGAACUCCGGAUGGAGCGGAUGGGGGCGGGGCUUGUGUAGAACCCCAUGUGUUCGCUGGUCACCUGCUCGUAUUUACACUGGACCGGAUCCCUCGUGAGUUCCAGCUGAGGUGGACACUGGUCACCUGCACACAGGUGAUAGCGUCUGGCACGAGCAUCAUCAGCAUCCCUGCAUCCCCAGCAUCAGCACCACCACCAGCAUCAUCACCAUCUCUCCAGCUGAAGCAUCAUGACAGUAUCGCACAAAGAGAUCCAGCCACGGACCGAAGCAGUGGACAGUGUGGACAGAAGGGACAGUGUGGACAGCAGGGACAGCGCUCAUCAGUCUCCUCCUGAAUUCUCCACUGAUCUGGACGCGCUGCUGUGAGGAGGAUGCGCUUCCCUCUGAAGAAAAUCCGCAAGCAGUUUAAGCUCCUCCUCCUCCUCGUUCUGCUCACCUUCGCCAUCGGCUUCACCUACCUGCACAUCAACCAGGGCAAGGCCAUCAAACUCCACUUCAACUAUGGCAAAGAUAUGGAGAAGCAGACAGAAGGUUUGGGUUCGGGCCACAAAAAGCUCCCCAACUCCUCCCCAAACCACCCAGACCGGGAGGAGUCCAGUGACAGCGGAGAGGAGGUGCAGGGGGGAGAUGAACCUGGUGAAGGUGGAGAGGAGAGUCACGGCCAGAACGAGAUCCGGAAACUUCUCAGCCAGAAGUUCCUCAAGUUGCCAUGGAAACCGGAGUAUAAAGGACAGGCCAACCUGCAUGUGUUUGAGGACUGGUGUGGGUCUUCUGUCUCUCAGCUCAGAAACAACCUUCACUUCCCUCUGUAUCCACACGCCAGAACCACAGUGAAGAAACUGGCUGUGGCUCCCAAGUGGAAGAAUUAUGGCCUGCGGAUCUUCGGUUUUAUUCAUCCUUAUAAAGACGGAGAUUUCCAGUUUGCUGUAGCGUCUGAUGAUAACUCUGAGUUGUGGCUGAGCUCUGACGAGAACCCGCUCAACGCCCGGCUGUUAGUGUACGUGGGACGGCAUGGUUCUGAAUGGACCGCUCCGGGUGAAUUCACCAAGUUCAGAUCCCAGACCUCCAAAUCUGUACAUCUGAUGUCCUCCAGGCGAUACUACUUUGAGAUUUUACACAAGCAGGAUGAUAAGGGCUCGGACCACGUGGAGGUCGGGUGGAGGCCCUUUCUGCCUGGACUGAAGUACGAUGUCAUCGACUCCGCCUACAUCUCUUUAUACACAGACGAGUCCAGCCUGAAGAUGAACAGUGUGAAGCACAUCCCUCAGACUUUGGCCAGUCACACACUCUCUCUGCAGGAACCCCGUGGUACCGACACACACUCCGCCGACAUGCUCAAACCAGACCCGCGGGACUCUUUCUACAAGAUCCCGAUGAUCGACGCCUCCAGGCUGGAGAAGGUGCUGCCGUCCUGCCUCUACUCGCCCACGUAUAUAGUGAAGGAUUUCCCCAUCGCUCGCUACCAGGGCCUGCAGUUCGUGUAUCUUUCCUACAUUUAUCCCAAUGACUUCACCAGACUCACUCAUAUGGAAAGAGAGAACAAGUGCUUCUACAGGGAGUCUCCUGUCUACCUCGAAAAGUUUGGUUUCUAUAAAUACAUGAAGAUGGAUGAAGAUGAGGACGACAGGCCUGCUUUCUUCCCGAAUCCCGACGAUUUCUUGGAGGAGGAAGAGGGCGUAGAUCCAGAGGAAGACUCGGCCAACCCCAGUAACCACCAUGCCAGGAGCAUCGCCAACCCGUCCAAUCAGCCUCGCCUGUUUGGCACAACGUCAACCAGCGCAGAUCAUCGGAUAGUCCGAGAGUCCAGAGGUCACGUCGUCUCGAGUUCAGAAGGCCGCUACGCUCAACUCACAACAAGAGAGAAACAACUCCAGAGUAAAGUUAGUAAAAUAGAGCGUAGAGAGCGUGAGGACGGGUACGACGUGGACAUCCGGACACGAGCUGAGGAGGACGAGGACGAGGACAGGGAGUCGAGGCAUGGAGAACUCAUUGGAGCCCAGCAUGAAGCCCUGAAUGAGCACAAGCUCAGCGCGGAAGUGGGCGAUGACCCACAAAUACAGGCCCACGUUUACGGACAGCGGCGGUCUUUAAUGUGGAUCCAAAUCCAGAGUAACAAGGUCGUCCCUCUAAAACUGAGCAAAAUGUCCCAGAAUUCCCAACACUCCUCUUUGUACGCUUUGGCCAAUCAGAUCUUGAGCAAUGUGGCUCAUCCUGCACCCAUAGUCUUGAAGGCCAACCAACAAGAGAAGGAGAUUAAAACCAACAAAAUCUAUAUUACCAGACCAAGACCUCCAAAAAGUGGCAGCAGUAGUGGCAGUAGCGGCAUAAGUAGAAAACCAAGGCAGGUACCGAGACCACCAAUGGAGGUGUUCCCUGGAGUGUUCCUGUUCCACACUGCGAAGGGCAAAAAGCUGGUAGACCUCAGUAACAGAUGGAAAUCGAUGAAGGGUCGUGGUUCAAUACCUUUAUUUUUUCCUAGCUUGACUUUGACUGACCGUAAACCACCGACCCAGCUGGUUCCACUGAAGCACAGCCGUCCAAUCGUACCCCUUCCCAAUGAACAACCUGAUGAACCUGAAGAGGAACCUGAAGAACCUGAAGACACGAGACAAAGCCCGCCCACAGAGAUCCAGAGCACCAGGGCGUCGGACACGGCCGAAGAGUCUCAGCAGAGGAGGGUCCCCGAUCCAGAAGAAGGGGGCGUGUCCCAGUACAGCUACGAGGACACGGAGCCGCGUCCUGGUGGGGCCGAGGAGGCCAUCAACUGGCAGCGGACCUUCACCGUGAACCCGGUGGACUUCGAGCUGCUCCGCUCGGACUGGAACGACCUGCGGUGCAACGUCUCCGGGAACCUGCAGCUGGCCGAGAACGAGGUGGUGGAUGUGCUGUCGCAGUAUAUAGAGCGCCUCAACGAACACAACGGCGGGAUCUAUACUCUGCUGCGGAUCGUGAACGUGGAGAAGCGGAGGGAUUCGGCUCGGGGGAGUCGGUACCUGGUGGAGCUGGAGCUGAUGGAGGCAGGGAAAAGAGUGGUGCGUCUGUCCGAGUACAUCUACCUCCUCCUGCACCGCGGCCGGCAGGACGACGGCGUGGGCAGCAGGGAGGCGUCCACUCCUUCUGCUCCGACAGCACCCUCUAAACCACCCCAUUCACCUCCUCAACCACCCAGCAGCAGCAUCAGCAGCUCCAGCGCCCAGUCCCGGGCCUCAACAGCCUGGGGAAGCCACUGGCUGAAGCCCCUGCUGUGCCAGCCUGCCAUGCUGCAGUGGAGGCACGACGUCAUGGUGCACUUCGUGGUGCCAGUGAAGAACCAGGCCCGCUGGGUGCAGCAGUUCAUACUGGAUAUGGAGCUCCUGCACCGGGAGACGGGCGACGGCGGCUUCAGCGUUAUUCUGGUGGAUUUUGAGAGUGAAGAUAUGGAUGUGGAACAGGCCCUGAGGGAGAGCUCCGUGCCCAGGUACGAGUAUCUGAGAAGAGAAGGGAACUUCGAGAGAUCUUCAGGAUUACAGAUGGGCGUGGACACAAUAGAGGACAGUCACAGCAUCGUGUUCCUGUGUGAUCUGCACAUUCACUUCCCCAUGAGUAUCCUGGAGAGCAUCAGGAAGCACUGUGUGGAGGGCAGGCUGGCCUUCGCCCCCAUCGUCAUGAGGCUGGACUGCGGGAGCUCGCCUCUCCAACCCUAUGGCUACUGGGAGGUGAACGGCUUUGGCCUGUUUGGAAUUUAUAAAUCAGAUUUUGAUAAGAUUGGUGGGAUGAACACGGAGGAGUUUAAGGAUCGCUGGGGAGGAGAGGACUGGGAGUUCUUGGACAGGGUUCUUCAGAACGGUCUGGAGGUGGAGAGACUGAGGCUGAGGAACUUCUAUCACUAUUAUCACUCUAAGCGGGGCAUGUGGAACAGCGCUGUGAAGAAGCCGGCGCAGGGCUAGGGGCCGAGGGCACUGUGGUGUGAUGGUGGGAUGUUGGCGCUGGUCUGGAUGGGCCUGGAGCAUUUGUGGAGCUUCUGCUAGGGUUCUGGAGCUCGGCCCGCGGGUCAGCGGCACACACUGUGUCUGCAGCUCUGAUCUGAGAACUGCAGAGGAAUGGAGAACCUGUACUGAACUCAACUGUGAUAUAAUGACUCUUCAGCCCUCAGGAUUUCUGGGGGCGGGCCCAGAAAGUGCCAAUCACAGCAGCCAAUAGCAGAACUUUACAGAAAAGUUCUGGAGUUAAUGUACGAUGUGUUUUUAUAUAUAUAUAUAUAGAGAGAGAGAGAGAGAGAGAACUCAGGUAUGAUGUUGUUUCAGUAUGUGGGUUAUUAUGAAUUAAUAUGGAUUAAAUUUACAAUUUAAUUGGUGCUUUUUAACAUUGACCGUCUUUUGUCUUUUUAAAUAAGGUCAAUGGAAAAAAACUGCCCAGUGUUUUGUAUUGUAUUCUCUCUAUCUCUCUAAUACUCUUUAUAAUACUUUCUCUCUCUACCUCUCUCUCUACUACUGUCUUUCUGUCUCUAAUACUCUCUCUCUACCUUUACUACUCUUUCUCUACUUCACUUUCUCUACCACUCCCUCUAUUUCUCUACUACUCCUUCUUUCUUUACUACUCUCAUUCUCUUCCUAAUACUCUCCUAACUACUUUCUCUAUCUUUACAACACUCUUUCUAAUACUCUCUCACUCAUUCUAAUACUCACUCUCUCUUUCUCUCUACUACUCUCACAAUCUAAUACUCUCUCUUUACUGCUCUCGCUUUACUACUCCAUCUAAUACUGUCUCUUUCUCUCUACUAUUUUCUUCCUCUCUAUAAUACUCUCCCUCUACUACUCUCACUUUCUAAUACUCUCACUGUCUUUCUUUCUCUCUUCUACUCUCUCUCUAAUACUCUCUACUACUCUCCCUUUACUAUUUCCUAAUACUCUCUCUUUCUCUACUAGUCUCACUCUCUCCACUAAUCUCUAUACUUCUCUCACUCUUUCUCUAACUACUCUAACUCUCUCUACUCUCUCUUUCUCUAAUACUCUCACUCUCUCCACGACUCUCUAUACUACUCUCACUCUUUCUCUAACUGGUCUUACUCUCUCUACUCUCUCUUUCUUUACUACACUCUUUGUCUACUUCUCCCACUCUCUUUCUAAUUCUCUCUUCUUCUGUCUUUACUACUCUCUCUCUUUCUGUUUCUAAUACUCUCUACUUCUCUCUACUACUCUCACUUCAAUGCUUUCUCUCUCCCUUUAUCUCUCUCUCUCUCUCUCUCUCUCUCUCUGUUUAUAAAUCAGAUAGAAAGGUGCUGAGCUGUUGAUCUAGUCUGUGCCCUAAACGAGAUUAAUAGUUAUUGUUGCCCCAUAAAGAGUAAGUUAGGAAGAAGAUAAAUAAAACAGAUAGUGGUCUCUGGUGCCAUAUUUAAAGGCUGAUUUCUGUGAAAUUGUCUGUAGAGAAUAUAAAGAAUGUAAAUUUAUCUCAUUUUCUUUUAUUUUCUUAUUUUUAAGAAUAAAUAAAGGAAUAACUUCA